AUGAACCAGAUAAAGGUCACCGGGGAGGAUAAGCCCACAGAAAGAAGAGCGGAACCGGUUGGAGCAUCACAGUCGGAUGCUACCACCAGCAGCACAAAUGAGCGGGAUAAAAAUGUAAACCUGGCUCAAGUGGAAGAUGGAAAUACAAAGGUCACUGAAGAGGAACUUGUUGAACUGGGACUGGAUGACCUUUCACUGAACGAUAAGACCAUCGGUGAUGACCUUUGGGCAACUCCAAUGGUCUCGGAUGAAUCGAAUGAAUCAUACUUCACGGAUGAUGAAGCGACGAUGAAUAUGUCCUUCCAGACUGCGAUGAAAGAAGCUGACCGUGCUGAAGGGAUGACACCAUUUAAGGACAUACCCGAGCACCUUAUUGAACGGACACAAACAGGAAAGGUCAUCAAUGUUAGACCGCCAUCACCGAACAGUCCCACGUCAACUCUGAAGAGACGCGUGAAGGAGUUGGAAAAAGAAAUCGAAGCCAAGGAAGGCCAGGCGACAAAGAAGAAACAAGAGUAUCAAAACCGGAUAGGAUCUCUCGACGCCCGUAUCUACGAAUUGGAGCAGCAACAGGCUGAUUUGGAAAGCGCAGCGGAUGAAUGGAAGAUUAAAUACGAGCGUCAAAAAGAACUCGCCGAGGAGUACUUGAAAAUGGUAGAUGACAGAGAAAUGGAAGAAUUAAAGGACGAAUGCGACUCCCUGAAACAAAAGAUCACUGAAGCUGAAGCCAAGAGAGAUGACUACGCGACUAAACUCGCCGAGGCUACCCAGCGACUGCUGACGAACACUACCGAAGUGUUUAAACUCAGGAACGACCUGAAGCUGCGCGACGAGAAUAUCGGGAUCCUCCAAAAGGAAUCAUAUGAUCAUCAGAGAAGGGCCGAUGAAGCCGCCAAAGUGGCUAAAGACCUGCGAGAUCGUAUAACCACCGAAGGCAUACGGUUGAACAAUGAGAUAAAGCAGGCGAAAGAGGAGAUUAAGGCGUUGAAGGAGGACAACAAAAAGGUCACCGAAGCGAAUGACGAACUUACCGAAAGAGGCCAAAGAUGGGAGCACGAAGCAGAUCUCCUAGACACAAAGGUCACCGCACUUGAGUUGAAGGAUAAAGAGUGGCAACAAAUGGUUCACCAGAAGACACAGGAGAUCAUCAGACUCAACACGGAAUUGAUUGAUAUGACCCAAACGGCAAUGACAAGAGAAGAUGAGGUCAAUCAGACAAAAAACCAGCUGAAAGCAGCAGCCGAAGAAUACAUGACGUUGGAAAGAGAUGUGACCCAGUUGGCGGAACACAUUAAAAGGGUGGAGAAUGACACUGAAAAGGUCAUUCAGGAGAAGACUUUCCAACUCCAUCAGCACAUGCUAAAGGUCAACGAGGAAAAUCAGAAUUUGAGAACGGAAAAAGAGGAAUUCCAGUUGAAAGUCCGUCGCCUUGAAGACGAAAAUAAGGCGCUCACCAUGUCGAAUAAACACAAAGAUGAACAGCUGUUGCAAUAUGGAGUCAGAACGGCAACAGUAGAAUCACCCCCGCCCAGUUACAGCAAGGCGCAUGAAACGGGCACGGGUAAAAGCUUUCACUUUGAAAUGCCAAAACGAACUGGUACUGGAAAAGGAAGCAUCAAAGCGGAACGGGAAGGUGGAAAGGUCAAAGACGACAAGGAGCCACCAUCGGAAACUUAUUCCCACUCGAAUCGCGGUGAUCCCUCCCAAUUUCCCCCACAUAUUGAAACAAAAAUUUUUGUUGACGAAAGGAAACAGGAGAGACCGUCUAGCCGUCAAGAACGGGAUAGACCGUCUAGCCGUCAAGAACGUCCAAGGAAGUCCCGCUACGCAAAGACGAAGCGAAACCAGGAAGAUGACGACAGUGAUUCUAGUGCAGUAGAAGAUCAAGAUCCGACACAGAAAUUGCCAGCGCAGUCAAAGGACCGGCGAAGACCUGGUUUGAAGGAGAGAGAGAAAUCGCACUCCAAGAAGAAACGGAAUACACCAUUACAGAAUGGAUGGCCAAGUUUAAAGAUGAAUAUGGAGACCGUGACGAGGAAGUUCUUGGCUUACGAGAAGCUAUGGCAAGGAAAUUUGACCUUGGAAAAGAAUCGCUUGAUCAGUUUUAUCAAGCGAUUAUGA